UCUUUGAGUUUAUAAUUUAUUUAGCUUCUAAACUAGUUCCUAGGUGUACAAGUAACAUAAUGUUAACUAAUUCAGCAUAUUUGUGUUUAAUUUAUUUUGUAUCCGCACUAGUGUUAGCGCUAGCGGGUCGUGAUUUUUACCAAAUACUCGGCGUUUCCCGUUCAGCUAACUCAAAUGAAAUCAAGAAAGCUUACAGAAAGUUAGCAAAAGCACUGCAUCCGGACAAAAACCAAGAUGAUCCGGACGCGUCGCAGAAGUUUCAGGACUUAGGAGCUGCGUAUGAAGCGCUAUCGGACCCGGAGAAGCGAGAGCUGUAUGACCGGUGUGGGGAGGAAUGUCUGAAGAAGGAUGGCAUGAUGAACAAUAACGAUCCGUUCGCCAGCUUCUUUGGAGACUUUGGAUUCCACUUUGGCGGCGAGUCGCAGCAGCAAGAGACACCGCGGGGAGCAGACAUUGUCAUGGAAAUGACGGUCUCCCUUGAGGAGCUUUAUAAUGGGAAUUUCAUUGAAAUAACUCGGAACAAGCCAGUAAUCAAGCCGGCAUCAGGAACCCGCAAGUGUAACUGUAGACAGGAAAUGGUGACACGUAACCUGGGUCCUGGACGGUUCCAAAUGAUGCAGCAAACUGUGUGUGAUGAAUGUCCCAAUAUUAAGCUUGUGAAUGAGGAGCGACUAUUGGAAAUUGAGGUGGAAGUAGGGGCCCCAGAUGGCCACAAGACACGCCUUCGUGGAGAAGGAGAACCACACACUGAUGGUGACCCUGGCGAUCUAGUGAUUGUAUUCAAGACUGAGAGACACCAGCAGUUCACUCGUCGUGGUGAUGAUCUCUACACUAAUGUUACAAUAACAUUACAGGAUGCCCUAACCGGAUUUACCUUGGAGUUGACACACCUGGAUGGUCAUAAGGUAUCGGUAAAUCGCGAUAAAGUCACGUGGGCCGGUGCUCGUGUCCGCAAGAAGGGAGAGGGUAUGCCCAAUUUCGAGAAUAAUAACCUCCAUGGCAAUCUGUACGUUACUUUUGACAUUGAUUUCCCUAAACAAGACUUCACUGAAGAGGAGAAACAAGCCCUCCGUAAAAUACUUAAACAGAAACCAAAUAAUGAUGUAUACAAUGGACUAUAGUAGUUGAUAUAUGAAUACAAAUUAUUAAUUUAUUUUAAGUAGUGAAAUGAGUGCAAUGGUAUGAACAAAGUGUGCCGCCGGGUUUUGUGUUGUCUGUGACAUUGUGAUUUUUUUUUUAUAAAAAUAAAAUAUUCCAAUU